AUGACCAACGCGGACCCCCGCCCGGCGUGCCUCCGGGUGCCGAUACGCCGCGACCGAGCGAUCCGCCCCAAGACUGGCAGGCGGUGCUGCCGCCCCGCGCCUGCGCGGAACGCCAACCGGCGGAAAGAGAAGGAACGCCCACCCGCGGGAGAAGCGCCCCGCGGCCGGCCGCACGCCUGCCAGCGCCCAGCGCCCUCCCACUGCAGGCCCCGCCUCCCAGCGCCGCGGCCAAUCACCGGAGAGCAGGAAGAGGCGGGCGGCCUACGGGACCGCUCCAACGCCUACUUCGGACCAGUCGGGUCCCAGGACCUGGGGAGGGCGGGGCUAGUCCGACCAGCCAAUCAGAGACUUGGGGGCGGUUACAUCCGGCACUCCCGCGACCUCGGCUCCGCCCCCCGCGUUGACGUCUACUUGCCAACCUAUAAACGCCUGAGCCACGGGGAGGGGGAAGGAGGCGGAGAAUCCUCGUCGUCGCCGCCGCCGCCCGCCCGGCCCUGGUCGUCAGCUUCCUCGGGAGAGCGGCCUGGGGGCCUGAGACGGCGGCGGCCCCGACCCAGGCCUCGACCCCCAAGACCGCGAGCUCGGAAGCGGCCUGCCGGUUCGGGCAGCCGGGGAGAGGAAGAGGAGGAAGAGGACGAGGGGGCCGCAGACGACGGGGAAGCCGAGGAGGAGCCCGAGGAGGAGGAGGAAGAGGAGGAAGACUUGAUCGAUGGCUUUGCCAUCGCUAGCUUUGCCAGUCUUGAGGCCUUGCAGAAGGAUGCAUCUCUUCAGCCCCCAGAGCGACUGGAACAUCGGCUGAAGCAUUCUGGGAAACGGAAAAGGGGGGGCUCCAGUGGGGCCACUGGGGAGCCAGGAGACAGCUCAGAUCGUGAGCCUGGCCGGCCCUCUGGGGAUAGGCCCCGCAAAUGGCCCAAUAAGCGAAGACGGAAAGAGGCUUUCUCCCGUCACUCUCUGGAAGCUGGAUAUAUAUGUGACGCAGAAAGUGAUCUGGAUGAGAGGGUCUCCGAUGAUGACCUCGACCCUUCCUUUACUGUCUCAACCAGCAAAGCCUCGGGUCCUCAUGGCACCUUCAAUGGGAACUGUGAAGCAAAACUCUCUGUGGUCCCUAAAGUGUCGGGCCUGGAGCGGAGCCAAGAGCAGCCCCCAGGGCCCGACCCGCUGCUAGUGCCUUUCCCCCCAAAGGAACCACCACCUCCACCAGCCCCUCGGCCUCCUGUCUCAUCCCCUACACCCUUACCAGCUACCCCCAGUCUGCCACCCCCACCCCAGCCCCAGCUGCAGCUUCGGGUCUCACCCUUCGGCCUCCGAACUUCUCCCUAUGGCAGCAGCCUGGACCUCAGCACUGGCAGCUCUUCACGGCCGCCCCCCAAGGCCCCGGCCCCUCCCGUGGCUCAGCCUCCCCCCUCAUCAUCCUCUUCGUCCUCCUCCUCCUCAUCUGCCUCCUCCUCGUCCGCGCAGCUCACCCACCGGCCCCCGACGCCCUCACUGCCCCUGCCUCUAUCCACCCACAGCUUUCCUCCCCAUGGGUUGCGCCCACCACCACCACCCCACCACCCCUCCUUGGUCUCCCCUGGCCCCACCCUGCCCCCACCCCCACCUCUGCUGCAGGUGCCAGGGCACCCUGGGGCCUCAGCCGCUAACGCCCUUUCUGAGCAGGACCUGAUCGGCCAGGACCUGAACUCUCGCUACCUGAAUGCCCAGGGUGGCCCUGAGGUGGUGGGGGCAGGGGGCUCGGCCCGGCCCCUGGCCUUCCAGUUCCACCAGCACAACCACCAACACCAGCACACCCACCAGCACACCCACCAGCACUUCACCCCCUAUCCCCCGGGCCUGCUGCCUCCCCACGGCCAUAUGUUUGAGAAAUACCCAGGAAAGAUGGAAGGCCUUUUCCGACAUAAUCCGUACAUGGCCUUCCCUCCCGCUGUGCCCGGGCUCCCUCCGGGUCUCCCGCCAGCUGUCUCCUUUGGCUCCCUGCAGGGGGCCUUCCAGCCCAAGAACACGAACCCUGAGCUGCCACCACGACUGGGGCCAGUGCUGAGCGGGCUCCCCCAGAAGGGGGCACAGAUCCCUGAUCAUUUCCGGCCACCUUUGAGGAAACCAGGAAAGUGGUGUGCCAUGCACGUGCGUGUGGCUUACAUGAUCCUGAGACACCAGGAGAAGAUGAAGGGGGACUCCCACAAGCUUGACUUUCGGAACGACCUCUUGCCCUGCCUUCCAGGGCCCUACGGGGCCCUGCCCCCUGGGCAGGAGCUCUCCCACCCGGCCUCCCUCUUCACUGCGACUGGAGCCGUCCAUGCUGCAGCCAAUCCUUUCACAACAGCUCCCGGGGCCCAUGGACCCUUCCUGAGCCCCAGCACCCACAUUGAUCCCUUUGUGCGUCCCACAAGCUUCGCCUCCUUGGCUGCCCUCUCCAACGGGGCCUUUGGAGGCCUGGGCAGCCCCACAUUCAACUCCAGCGCCGUCUUUGCCCAGAAAGAAAGCCCAGGAGCCCCACCAGCCUUUGCCUCCCCACCAGACCCAUGGGGCCGCCUGCAUCGCAGCCCUCUUGCCUUUCCUGCUUGGGUCCGACCCCCUGAAACUGCCCGGACACCGGGCUCAGACAAGGAGCGGCCUGUGGAGCGAAGGGAGCCCUCUGUCACCAAGGAGGAGAAGGACAGGGACCUCCCUUUCUCACGGCCCCAGCUGCGAGUUUCUCCUGCUACUCCUAAGGCCAGGGCUGGCGAGGAAGGAGCCCGUCCAGCCAAAGAGUCUGUGCGGGUAAAGGAAGAGCGGAAAGAAGAGGCUGCUGCCGCCGCCGCCGCUGCUGCCGCUGCUGCCGCUGCUGCAGCCGCUGCCGCUGCCGCUGCUGCUGCAACCACUGGGCCUCAGGGCCUUCACUUGCUUUUGGAGAGGCCCCGGCCACCCCCUUUUCUUGGUCCUAGUCUGCCAGAGCGCUGUGCAGGCUUCCCAGAGCCAACCUGGUUGGCAGGGCCCCCACGCCUGGCCAGGCCACCGCGCUUUUAUGAGGCAGGUGAGGAGUUGACUGGACCAGGGGCCAUGGCUGCUGCCCGCCUCUAUAGUCUAGACCCUACUCAUUCCCUGCUAUACAGCCGUUUGGCUCCUCCUCCACCACCUACUGCGACUCCAGGAACCCCUCACCUUCUCAGCAAGACCCCACCAGGAGCCCUUUUGGGAGCACCACCACCUCUUGUGCCCGCCCCUCGGCCCAGUUCCCCACCUAGGGCCCCUGGCCCAGCCCGGGCUGACAGGUGAGGAGAGGUGAGGGGCAGGGGCAGAGCUCCACCCCCUUUCCCCAUUCCUUGUGACAAAGUCCUAGGGCUGAAGUUUUUAAGCCAGGGUUGGAAGGCAAAGGUCACAAUCUCAUGGCCAUCUCUGAAGUCAUGGACCUGGGAAUAGAAUCCCCAACCCCCCCACAAGGUCAAGUAUCUUGUGGACUCUGGGGUCACCGGGAGGACAGAGGUCAUAAGCCUCUAGAGAGAAGUGUGUGUGUGUGUGUGUGUGUGUGUGUGUGUGUGUGUGUGUGUAUGUAUGCGCGCAUACACGCGCAUGAGUGCAUGAGGGGUCAUUUCAGAGGUUAUGGCUCAUGACUUAAGGUGCACCAAUGCCCCCUCUAAGGGCCUCUAGGCCCUUGGCCUGCCUCCCCAAGGGCUCACUAAGCCAGAGGCCAAAGUGCCCCCGCUCCCUUUCACCUAACACCCAAAUUCCCAUGCCCUCCUAGGGCUGAGGAAGGAGGAACUAAAGGAAAAGGGGUUCCAUGUACAUAUUUAUCACCCCUUCCACAAAUCCCCCAGACCUUUUGUACAUUUUUACAGGGGUGCCCCUCCCAACAACCCUCUUCCUGGUUAAUUAAAUCCUCAGACUGGUGCUGUGUUCCUAGCCUCUGGCCUCUCUGUAGGGGGAGGGUGUCCCAGGGGAAGAGCCUGGAGGGGACAGGCAGGAACCCAGGGCUUGACCCUGGGUAUGUAGGGUCCAGCAGGAGGUAGACCAACAGGGAAAGGGACCUGGGAUCUAGGCUGGAGGGAAGGGCAAACACUAUUUGGCUGUCAGCCCAGGUUCCCCCAGACUUGUUCUAUUCAUUCUGUGUGGCCCACAGCUCUAAAAGGCUCAGCCUUCAAGCCUCAGACUCCUCUUAUGGCUCAGUCCCUACUGCAACCACCCUAUCUCCAAGUGCCCCCAGGACUUCUGGGCCCUGUUCCACAGAACCCUGUCCCAAACUAAGGGAGAGGUGGCCAGAGAAGGUCACCAUGAAACACACACCAAAGAAGGGGGUUGGUUCAGGGGUGGGCAACACAGGCAGCUUCUUCAGCAGCCUCCCAGCAGCAGCCCCAGCCUUCCCAAAGCAGCAGCACCUCCAGGCUGGGGCCCAACUAGAAGGCAGGGCUCAGUUUAACAAAACCGGAACUUUGAUUUUUUUUUCCCCAGUGGGGCUUAUUCUGUAACAUGACUUGCGAAUAUUUAUAUAAAAAUGAGUGUUACAAUGAGA